CGUCAUCAGUUUAUGUUUAGUGUGACGAACAGUUUGUCUGUUACGAAAUUCAAUCUUAAAUAUUUCUAUGAUUGAAAAUUAAACGUAGAAAGAACCUAUUAUGUGUUGAAACUUUUGCUAAUAAAUUAAUAAACAGUUCCUAGGAUCGUUUUUACAUUAUAAUUAUAUUCAUAAAAACAUUGGCUACGUACAAUCUUUUUGGCGGCAUCACAUGAAGCCACAGAAAUAGAUUUCCUUGUGCAAUAAUCGGUGUGUACAAAAACUUGGUGAACUCAUUUGCAUUUGAACCGGUUAUUUGAAAUGGGUCAGGGCCCUUAAUAUAGUGUACCUAACGCGCGAAAAUGUGGGAAAGGUGAUAGUGUAUUUGAAAAAAAUAAAGUCGGCAUGGAGAAUCCAGCGGUUACAGAAUUGCGGUCAAGGUCACGUUCGAAGACCCCCUUUUUGCGGUCUAGUUGUGACCGGGAGAACUGUAUGGAGGGUGAAGACCAUACACACGAUAAAUCAGGAAGAAAAACACCUGUAAAGAGGAACACUCCCGUCAAACAAUUACAUCCCACCACAAACAAGACGAUACCGGAGCCCAUCAUCGAGAUCGAUGAUGACGAGGAUUCGCCGCCUGCGCACCGCACGCGGCAUUCUACGCGGAUAGAGAAACAAGUUAAAACAUCAGAUUACUCUUCCGAGGAAAACACGGAUCCGCCUAAAGGACAACAAAAGGAAAUAUAUCAGAACGUAGUGAACAGCCGAUAUGAACGGGCGGCGACGAGUUCUCAUCAUUACAGCUUCGCGGAUAUCAACUUCAGCCCCAUAAAUACGUCACACAAUGUGACCCACGAUCGGUCGUUCCGGAUUGGUAGCCCGACGUACAGCGCCUGUUCAACCGACAGCUCGUUCGCGGAGCAGGCGUUGGCGGACACUAGUGCGCUGCUCGAGAGGGACCCCAGUGGUGAGCACCUACCCUCCAGGCUGUACAAAAUGGCCGGAGAAUAUUGGAACAAAUACCCCAAAACUGAUUACACGUAUUCGCCGCUGUCAAAAGACCGCGUGGAGCUCGCGCCCGGUCAAGUGGCCGUCCCGAACAUGUCGCGGCGGUCGCUGUCGCAGUUCCGGAUACAGGGGCCGAAUACGUCCGUGGACGAGAUGGACCGACUGACUGGCACCGCUAUCUGGAGAUCGAGCACGGUCAGGAAACGGUAUACGUCGGUGGACAGUUCGGACGACGAAAGUGCCUUUUACCGCGGCAACGGCGGCUACCCCCCGGCGGAGCAGCGGUGGCUGAUCACACGGUUCCUCCUCGCGGUCAUCACUACCAUCACCACCACUGUGAGCAGUACGUACAGGAAGAUCGUUGGUCCUUCGCACCGGUACCCGUACACAGACAGGCGGCCGGCUAAAGCUGGCUUCGUGUCACAAGCGGCCUCUGUAGCGGCAGCGCCGUUCUAUUGGAUUUACACUAUGAUAAAAUCAAUGGUGACCACCACUGUGACCACCGUUACUGAAACUAUAACCCCAAAUCAUGUCAGCCAGAGCGAAAAGUACACUUCACACAGCUCCCAUGUGAAAACUGUGGUCAAACAACGAAGGUGGCCCUGGUUCCUACUUCUGCUGUUACCUCUCCUUGCAUAUGGCUGCUACAACUACUCGGACUACAUUCUACCUCAAGAGAAACCAGUAAUAGACACUUACAAGUCGCCUCAAAUAGUACAGGAUGUGGAUCUGUCGAAGCGAAUGGCGGCGCUCGAGGACUGGGCAGUCAACGUUGAUUCUAAGCUGAAGCUGUUCGAUCACAAACUGUCUAAAUUUGAUAAUUUAGAAGCCCAAAUAGAACAGUACUCUUUAAAACAUUUGCAACGAAACUUUAUUAACAUCUUCAACUUGCAUGACAACAGUGAGUCAAUCAGAGCAAAAUUAAAAGAGUAUUUUGAUAAGCAUUAUAUUACUAAGGAGCAAAUGCAAGUGAUGAGCCAAGAAAUCCACGAGAGGUUGAUCAACUCGUGGAAGCCGGAAAUGGACGAGGAUAAGAUUCGUGGUAUGAUACAGGAGUACUUGGCUGUGUUCGAGCGCCGCCAGAUGGAGCUGAUAGUUGAGAAGAUAAAAGAAUAUGUAAAGGAGGUGCAUACACACACAGUGCACCACGUGGAAACGGGAUUGGACGUGGAAGCCGUGAAGAAAAUUGUCGCUGGAAUGCUCGAUGUGUACGAUGCGGAUAAAACCGGUUUGGUUGAUUACGCUUUGGAGUCUGCAGGGGGUCAAGUGAUAUCGACGAAGUGCACGGAGCUAUACCAGAUCAAAACGAAGCAGUACUCGAUCCUGGGGCUGCCGGUGUGGUGGGUGUACACGUCGCCGCGGUACGCGCUCACGCCGGGCGCGAUGCCCGCAGAGUGCUGGGCUUUCCAGGGCUUCCCAGGAUACUUAGUUGUUCGCACGUACGCAGUGAUCGAAGUGACGGGCUUUUCAUUGGAACAUAUGUCUCGCUUGCUGGCCGUCGACGGGAAGAUCGAGUCGGCGCCCAAAAACUUCUCCGUAUAUGGUUUGCAUGGCGAAAUGGAUCCAGAACCACAUCUGUUCGGCGACUAUAUGUACGAUGCAAACGGCACCGCCAUACAGUACUUCCCCGUAAAAUAUCCCAAGACAACAAACAUUGGCGGCGUGGACUACCCUGUUGCAUACGACAUCAUCGAGCUGAGAGUCGAGAGCAAUCAUGGCAACCCGACGUACACGUGCGUCUACCGUUUUCGUGUACACGGCAACCCGCUCUCAGACAUCAGAAGAGCAACCGAAGACAGCAUCAAAGACAGCGAGUCGUAGCGACUGAAAAAAAAAACUAUGAUUUUUUUUUUAUUGUACAUUGAAUAUGUGAAGUGAUAAUGUGCGAUGUGCGUUCGUAAAACGUCCAUUUAAAAAGUUGUGUUCAAUUUGAAUUUGGAAGUGACCAUUCCUGGAUAAUAAUUAGCUCGUGAGAGCGAGGUGUGGCCUUAUUUUAUAAUCGUUUUAAUUUACUAACACAUAGAAUAUAAAAUCAAAAGUACAAAUCUGUUUGUUGACUACAUAGUGACUUACAAUUAUGUGCUUAAUCUGGAUAAGGACUUAACACGCACAAUGACCACUAGAUAGAUACGCUUAGUUAUAUAGCUUGAGUACAUUUUUAUCUAUAUUUAUUGGUAGGUUUUAAACAUAUUUUAAGUUUGUUAUAAAUUGGUUAAGAUUCUGAAUAUUUAAUAGUAAUUUUCUCAAGUAAGUUGGACAAAGUUCUAUUGACGACGGGUGUAACAAUUAUGGUACUGAGUCAUAAUUUUUAGGAAAGAGUGUCUACACCAUUUUGUCUUAUUUUUUAUAAUGUUUAAAUAAGUCGAUCAAAUGCAUAUAUUUUUAAAAAGUUAAAUAGAAUUAAGUUGAAAUUCAGUGAUACGUAAUGGAUACUUAAAUUUUACUUGUAUUAGACUUUUUUUUUUAUAAUCAGGCCCUGGUCUUGGCAAAAGAAGUCAAUCAUAGAGUCAUGUAAACUCUAUUGACUGUCUCAGAGAUAUAGAACUCUGUACUAAUUCCUGUCACCCAGUUCUCGCCUAAAUGAGCCGCGUCCAAAUUUACAUAAUAGUUUGUAUAGGCUUAAAAACUGAACUAGUCUUACGUUAUAAAUAUGCCAAUAUAAAUAUAAGCGUUUGCACUUGUUUUUAACUAAUAUAGUCGGUAGUGGAAGCCCAUCGGCCCUACUAACGUUGGAUGAAUCUUAUUAGGUUUUACUUUAGGUUAAUUAAAUGAUAAAACAAUUGGUCAAUGUAUAUUUGUACUCAAAAUGCUUUGUUUUGUUAUACUAGUAUUUACCGUAAUUUCGUCCGCUUAACCAUUCCAUACAGUGCAUAAAUGCCAAAUUUUAUAGUGAUCGGUUAAGGCGCUAUAAGGUAACAAAAAACAAAUUUAUUUUCACAUUAUAUUAAUAACAAUGUUCAAAUCCAUCUGUUAUUAUAGGAAUAACUCCAAAUCAUUACCAUUAUUCUAUUUUAAUAUUAAUAUAUUAAUGUUCUAUUGAUAAAAUAGAUAUUUUCGCUCAAAAAGUCAUGAGCAAAAACGAUAUAAACAAUAAUGCCUCACAUAUUAAGAUGGCAGAUCCAACUUUCAAGUUAGUAAGGAAGGCUCAAAACUAUUUGUAUUUUUCAACUUAUGUUCCUUAGGAGAAAAUCUUCAACUUUAUAAUUUAAUAAUGAUUUUAAUUAAAUUCUAUAAAAAAAAAAAUAAGGUCGAAAACUAAAAUUGUGUAUUUUAAUACAAGAUUUUUGAGUACAAAUAAAUGUUGACUUCAUUACACUGUCCUAUUAGUUUAUACAAAGAAUUGCACCAAAUUGCACAUGAGCGACUUAAGCUGUAUUUCUUUUGUACACAUAAAAAGACAGUUUUAAUUUCAUUUUUGAACCUAUCAAAUUGACCUACCUCUCAAAUACAUGACACAUGAAAUUCUGUAUUGCAGUCCAACAAUAAUCGUCUCAUUGGAUUCAUAAAAAUACUUUGUUCAUAAUGUAAUAAUGAUUUUGAAACUACAUC